CUCCCAUUGUCAGUGUAUUUCCCGCCCCACGCACACACUUGCACGUGCGUAUGGGCUCCGGCAGCACAUUGGAUACAUGGUAAUUUAACAUGAAAAUUAGAAAACAAAAGCAUUUAUGAGACAGAAUCGACUUCAAAGCCUUUGAAAAUUGCCUGAUCGAUUUAUGUUGUCUUGUUAUCUGUGAGUGAAACAUAUGAUUAUUCAUUUGUGGAUAAUGCAUUGUAAGCACACCCAAGAAGAGAUACUGAGGGUGAAAGUCUAGAAAAGAAAGAGCACGGAAACUUAUGUUUCUUGGCGAAGAAACCCAUUAACUUCAGAAGAAAGUGGGUGAUAACACAAACUGAGGGCAGCAAGAUGGUGCCAUUGUGAAAAGCGUCUUCCUGAUGCGAACAAAGUACAAGCAACUGAAAAGUAUGUGUCAUCCCAUGGAUGUUUAAAGAUUCUGAUUAUUUUUCCGAUAGCUGGCUCUUUUCUCGGGCAGUGUCAAAAAACAAUGGGAAAACUGCAAUAGAUAUGAGAGGGUUUAUACUUUGAAAUCCCCUGGAAAAAAACUUCAAAUGUGAUAAACUGCAGCAACUCCGCGACAAUGGUUUGGCCCGAAGCUGCUUCGCCGAGCGUCGGACUCGGCAACAGUUCUAGCAAUGACAACUGGGGGGAGAGCGUAGCCGCGGGCGAGCGGGCGUUCCUGGGAUUCGUGGGCGUGGUGAUGGCUCUAGUGGGCGGCAUUGGAAACGGAAUUGUAGUGGUUCUCGUUUGCAGAUCAGCUGCCAUGAGAUCUGCCAUCAACCUCCUGCUGGCCGCCAUGGCGCUGUCCGACACCGUCAUCCUUCUGCUGCUACUCCCCCUGGACCUCAUCACCUUGGCUGGAGGCGGGUGGCUCUUCCCCUCUCCCAUCUGCAGCACCCACGCCUUUCUGCUGAACGCCAUGCAGAUUCAGGGCGUGGCGGCGCUCUCCGUCAUCUGCGUGGACCGCUACAUCAUCAUCGUCCACCAGCAGGAGGUUCUUACCCCCUGCAUCACGUGCUGCAUCAUUGCAGUUUCCUGGGUGGUGAGUCUGGCCGUGUCCUUGCCGCCCUUCUUCGGCGUGGGCAUCUACACGUCCUUGCCCCUCCCCCCCGGACUGACCCACUGCGAGUGGCGGCCGAGGGAGGCGCGUCCUUCCGGCGACCUGGUCUUCGCCUCCUUCACCUUCCUCGUCAUCUACCUUCUACCGGUGCUCGUCAUGAGUUUCAGCUUCGCGGGGAUCCUCUUGAAAAUCCGCCAGAACUCCGCCAAGAUUCACUCGAGCGACAGCCGUAGAGACUCGUCCUACGCCGGUGUGAUUCCUGCAGCGCAGGGGGACGCGGUCAGCCCCACCUCCGCACGCCGGCCCCUCGUGACCGUUGACCUGCGAUACAAGACUCAGACGCUCACGACAGUCAUAGUCCUCUCCGUCGUGUUCUUCCUCUGGCGGUCGCCGCUGCACCUGUCUCAACUCGCGCACGCCUUCUCCAGCCAUCUCGACGUGAGCUACAAGGUGUAUCCGUGGUUCCUGUGGUGCGCCUACGUCCCGCCAGCUGUUAACCCGGUCAUAUACACCGCCAGAAUCAAGAAGUUCCGAAACGCCGUGGUGGACAUCUUCCCCUGCCUCCUGAGCCUCCUACCCUGCACCUCCUCGGCCCUCCGACGUCUUAGCAACCCCGGCACCAUCUACAUGAUCCACCAUCCGAGGAGAGAGUCUACAUAAGGUGCUGUAUCCCGCCUCUCUACGUCGAAGCUUCACACAGCUGCACAAUUAAGGCUUAUUCAUAAACUACAAAGUGAAUAUAUUGAAACGAUCCUUGAAUUUUGAAAGUGUCUGAGUCCAUUCUCUGCAAUGUAUUUCGAAGCGAAAAGUAAUUUCGAUUGAUUCUACCAGUUAGCGAUCAAUUGCAUGUGUCUAAACCGAAAAGCUGCAAUGUGCUUAUAUUUUGACUCCUCAGAUAUAUGUAAUCGCUGUUACUCUAUUAUAGGUGAAAUCAAAGAUGCAGCUGUUACAUCUUUGGGCUAGAUUCAGGAUAACCUUUCGAGCCGUAUGAUGAUAAAUGCAUGCUUUGCGCUGUAAUUUAUUUUUUGUCGAAAGAUAAUGCUGUGCAGGCACAGCUAAUGUGAUUAUUUAUUGAAUGUAAGGAAAUAUGUACGUUUUUAAUAGGUUCAACUAAAAAAUAAUUGGGCACCAAUGUAUAGAAUUAUAAGAUGUGAUUGUUAUUGUUUUGAGCAAUGUUAUCAUGCCUAUUCAAAGAAUAGCGGCCGGGUGAGAGAGAAAAAAUAUAAAAAAAACUGAUAAACACUAAAUACAUGUGUCUGACAAAUAACUGAACACCAAAAUUCUAAAUCUAAAGAAAUUGUUAUUCACAUUGAAGGAGACAUCAGACAAAAAUUCAACCCAUGCAUGUAAGCAUAACAAUUAGUGCUUUUCGGCGUCUAAACAACUUACAAAAUGCUCUGCGUAUUGUCAGUGAUUAGUACUACCUAACCACAUUAAUCUUCUGAAGCUGGAUAUUAUACUUUGAUAUACUUCAAUCUCGCAUUUAUAUUUCUCUAUACACAGUAAUACUGUGUAUUUAUUCAACACAUUGCAGAAUUUUGUUACUACGUGCACGAUUUGUAAUUGAAAGAAAGUUUAGUGUUAAAUACAUGGUGAUGGU